AUGUCCGGUUUGGAGUCGUACAUCAACCACACAGUGUCCAUCAUCACGGCGGACGGACGGAACUUCAUCGGGACGCUAAAGGGUUUCGACCAGACCAUAAACAUCAUCAUCGACGAGUGCCAUGAGCGCGUCUUCUCCACGACGUCCGGGAUCGAACAGAUCGUCCUUGGGCUGCACAUCAUUCGCGGCGACAACAUCGCGGUGAUUGGACUGAUAGACGAGACCAUCGACUCCCGCCUGGAUCUGGCCAACAUCCGGGGCGAACCGCUGGGACCUGUGGUGCACUGAAUAGGAUAACGAAUAAAACCAGAGACUCUCAGACUUAA